GAAACAGUAUCCAAGGAAAAGAACCGAGUAUAUUGAGUGGCCAGACUAUUUCAUGGCAGUGGCCUUCCUUUCAGCACAAAGAAGUAAAGACCCAAGUACACAGGUUGGCGCGUGCAUCGUUAACCCUGAUAACAAGAUUGUUGGAAUCGGAUACAACGGCAUGCCAAAUGGCUGCCCGGACGAUGAUUUACCCUGGGGCAAAGACAGUGAAGACUGGCUUGAUAGGAAAUAUCCAUAUGUGUGCCACGCAGAGAUGAAUGCGAUCAUGAAUAAAAACUCUGCGGAUGUGAAGGGCUGCACGAUGUACGUCGCCAUGUUCCCGUGUAACGAGUGUGCGAAGCUCAUCAUCCAAGCCGGAAUCCGCGAUGUCGUCUACUACUCCGACAAGAACCGCUGCAAGCCGGAGUACGUCGCAUCACAGAGGCUGUUCACGAUGACCGGAGUCACGGUCAGGCAAUACAAGCCUUCCCGGAAUAGGAUCGUUAUCGAUUUUUCUGACAUUGAUGCUCAGUGUAUGGCAGCUGUGCACCAGGAGGUGGAUGGCAGAGACAACAAUGACGUAAGUUGAAACCACUUUGUCGCUUUGUCAGGCGAAAAUGUGAACUAAUAUUAGGAUACACGUUCCACAUCGCCUCUUUUGAGUGCGUCAUUAAUAGGAUGCAUCUAUCCUGAUAUCAGCCCAUACUGAUACAAUCUCCACAUGAAGUGCUUCUAGAAAAAUAUCGUCGCCUAUUGCUACAGCUCAACCUGAUGUAUCACUUUGUUAACACUUACAUUCUUUUGGCAAUCUGUGUCCAUUGUAUGAGUUUAGCAGUUGUGUAAAUAUUGCCAGAUCUGAUAUGCUUGUAUGUCGGAGAAUUGAUAAUAGGAAUUCUGAAGUGGGAUGAAACAUUUGCAAAUGGUGCUUUAGGAAAGAGUACACAGUGCUAGAUUUAACAAUGUCCCGAUACAAAAACGAACAACUUCAUGAAUUAUAACAACAAUCCUGCCAGCGGACUAUGGUUAUUGGUUGUUUUGGAAUCUGGUUGGCGAUUGAGAUUGCCAUAUGGUUAACGUUUACCUCUAUGUCUUUUCAUUUAUCACAAAUGACUAGGUAAAACCUAGUGCUAAUGAAUUUUCUUUUAUCUGUUAAAUUGUUUUUCUACCAUGAUGCAAAAAAACAUCUAAUUUGUGCAUUUUGUUUAUGUAAAACAGUAAGAAUAUAAUUAAAUUUAAACAAGGCAUGUUGCCUUCUUUAUUGUUGUACUAAUUAACUUCAUUCAUCUAACUCGAUUUUGUAUAUUAUAUAUGUAUCAUUCUUGUGGUGUUAUCAUUGUGUUAUUCUUGUGGUGUAUGUUGUAUAUUCUAGGAAAUUGAUGGAAUUGUUUGUUUACUGCUAGAUGAAGUGAAAAGGGAAAACUUCCUCCCUAGAUGGCGCUGUACCCUUAUUUUUGAAAUUGUACAUACUAGCAAUGCAGAUGGUGUCGUACCCGAGGUAGUUUUGGGUUGUUUAGUAUUAUGUUUAUAUUUUUAUACGAGGUAUGUUUAGGGUUAGGGUUAG